AUGACUUUGACGAUGAUAACGAGCACAAACGCUGGUAUUCACAGAAUUACUGCGAAGAACAAUUUCGUCAGAGGACGAAGAGGUGGUGGUUUUGCUCGUCGCGGAGUGAAUAAUAAAGAAGGUGUUUCUUUCUCCUCCGCGAGAACGAAUGCGAAUGCGGGGGUUAGUGUCUUCUUUCCAUCAUCGAUUCAGACGACGACGACGAGAGAAGAAGUGAAAGACGUAGUGAUGAAAGAAAAAGUAGAAAAAGAAAACAAAGGCCAGGCGAUUUUAGACGUAUGCAAGAAGCAAUCAUCCGUGCACGUGUUCACAGUCGCCGCGACGACCAUGGUGGAUAAAAAAAUGGUCGCGCUGAUAACGCAAUCCGUGGCCUCGUUUAUCAAAUUGUAUUUACUUUUACUCUUCGUGCGAGUUCUUUUGACGUGGUUUCCGAACGUGAACUGGAUGCGUCAACCGUGGACGAUGCUGAGACAAGUGACCGAUCCGUAUUUGAACCUGUUUCGUAACUUGAUUCCUCCGAUUAUGGGGCAAAUCGACUUUACGCCGAUUCUCGGCUUUAUGGUUUUGCAGUUCUUGGCGAGAGUGUUGAGCACGGAUCCGAGUUUGGGGAGGUUUUAA